UUCCACCCGUAGAUUACUUACUAUAAGAUUGCACCGUCCCUAACCCUGAGUUUUCAUCAUAUAACUCAUUCCUCACAACAACACCACCAACCACAACCACCAAAAUGCCCCCCCCAAAAACAUACACCAUCCGCCGCGCCACCGAACCCGACGCCCCGCACCUCGCCCACAUCAACAUCACCGCCUUCGAGCCCACCCCGUUCUGGCGCAACCUGUUCCCCGCCCUCGACCGCCGGGCCACCUACCCGCUCAAGCUCGCCCGCACCCUGACCAAGCUCGCCGACGGCGCCUCCCACCUCCUCGUCGCCGAGGAUCCCGCCACCGGCGCGGUGGUCGGCUACGCGCGCUGGACGGUCCCCGGCCCCCGCGCCCCCGCCCCCGCCAGCUCCGGUGCAAUUGCACUCUCCCCCGCAAACCAGGACCUCGUCACCGCCUUCCGACGGGCCGGGGACGGGGACGGGGUCGGGGCCCUCCCCCCCGGCACCAACCUGGCCGUCCACUCCCGGUUCUGGGGGGAAUUGGAGCGCUUGAAGGCGAAGUAUCUGCGGGAGGGGGAUUUCGGUGCGUUUUCCCCCCAUCUUCUUCCUUGGGAUCACGCUAAUGAUAAGGGGGAGGGGGCAGUUCUCGAAUUCCUGGCGACGCUGCCCGAAGCACAAGGCCAAGGCGUGGCGUCGGGGUUGCUGCGGUGGGGGUUGGAGCGAGCGGAUGCGCGGAAUGCGCGGGUGUAUCUGGAGGCGACGGAGGAAGGGUACCCCGUUUAUCGGAAGUAUGGGUGGCGGGAUCUGGAGGUGUUGGAGUUGGAUUUCGCGGAGCUGGGGGGCCGGAGCGAGCGGCAGCGGUGGGUGAUGAUGAUGCGGGAGAGGAGGGAUCCGGCUGGAGAGCAGAGCGGGGGAUUGAAGGAUUAAUCGGGUUGCUUGCAACCAGGGUUUUGGGAUUGGAAUUUUGUAUAUAGCUUGUUGACCUCGUGUUGAGGUGAGAGAAGUAGCGUUUGGCUCUGGAUUGCAUCCUAUCCGAUUCAUGAGGCUGGCCAGUUGUCCCGCCAAGAGGAGAUAGGGUCAGUGCUCGCUGUGAAUGAGUCAUAGGGUGUAUAAAUGUCUUGUAGAGACAGCAAGUACUUGUAUCUCAUGUUCAGCUGUUUAUAU